AUGGUUGCCGGUCGUGACUAUCACCUGAGAGUUGAGUACCACUCGCACGACCGACAGAUCACACCUGAAACCAAGAAUUUGAUAGAGCCCAUGGAGAAUACAUUCCAGGGUACUAGACUUGGGUAUGAGGAAUUUGACGAAUCCAAUCUGCCGCAGCAGGCGGCUGAGAUUGCUCAGACAUGCGAUGCCGCUCUUGUUGUUGUGGGGAGAGAUAAGGAAUGGGAAACAGAGGGAGAGGAUAUCCCAGUCUUCGAGCUUCCUGGCAAGCAAGUUGAUCUCAUUGAAAAAGUUGCCGCCGGCCAAGAACUGGGAAAUGCCGCGGCAGAUGUUAUCUGUGGCGAUUUCAAUCCAUCAGGCCGAUUGCCAAUUACUUUCCCUCGGCGCCUAGCUGACUGUCCUGCCUACUCGUCCUUCCCCGGGGAGCAGCACCAAGCAUACUAUGCAGAGGGCCUAUAUGUGGGAUACAGAUGGUGGGAUCUUGUUGGUACAGAGCCUCUCUUCCCUAUCGGCUUUGGAUUGUCGUAUUGUCAGUUUAGGCUUUCAGGAGCCACUGUCGGCCCUCAUUCCUUGUCUUGUAGUGACCGCCUAAUGGUGACAGCUCAAGUUGACAACAUCGGUACCCUGGGCCCCUGUCUCUUACCUGGAAGGGAAACAGUUAUAGCUUGGGUUUCUCAGACAUCUGCGUGCCGAUUAGCCAGACCACGAAAACAGAUUUGUGGCUUUGUAAAGUCCCGACUGCUGCAUGCAGGAGAAAGUUGCCACAUUGAAAUCAGCAUCGAGCCUUAUGCGCUCGCCAUGUAUGAUCCUCAGAAAGGCGGUUGGGUCAUUGACCAGGGUACCGAGUUCGAGAUCUUGAUUGGAACGACGGCUAUGAACGCUGUAGCCGUUGGGAUUGUUCAUGUGGCUGAAGAAAUCUUUUACAUACACAAACUUGAAUAG